CGCAAUAAAAUGGUAUCAAAAUCAUACGCACUGCCGCCGCAAGAUAUCACACCAAUGAAUGAAAGAGGCAAAGUUUAUGUUAAAUCAGAAAAUGUGCAAAUCGCUUUGAAUUCCUUCAUAAAUGGUCAUCGAAGUAGUUUACACAAACUUAUGGAACAAAAUAAAAAACUUGCACAACAAAAUUCUAAUUUAAAUGCUCAUUUGAGUGAGCUAGAGGGAACCAUACUGGCGAAGAAUGAAAUAAUAACCGCCGGUGAAAAAGAAAUUGCCAAGUAUAAGGAAGAGCAAGCUCGGUUGAUGGAAAAUAAAAAUUUGCUACGCUCGGAAUUGAUGGCAUGCAAACAACGUCAUGCUGAGUUGAUGGCCAACAACGAAAAAGAAAGCAAUGAGCUACAGCAAAAGAUUGAUAAACUACAAAAAGGGUUUAAUGAGCGUGAUGACAAGGAGACAGACCUGAAAAAUGAGCUUGAUGUGAUUCGUCAAGAAUUGCAAGCCAAGCAAGAUGAAUGUGACAAAAGCAAUGAAGAGCUUUCGAACGUGAAAGCGGAAGUGAACAAUAGCAAGCAACAGCUCGCGGAACUUGAGAAUUCCAUCGUAAAUCUAAAGGAAGAACUAAAACAAAGAGACGAAACAAUUAUUGAAAUGCGUCAGGAACAGGUUGUUUAUAAAGCCGAAACGGAGAAAAACAUCAUUAGAAUGCAAGAAGUCCAGCGUAUUUUCUAUCCAAAUGCAGCCAAUGCCUUGCCGCAGCCACGUCAAAACGAUUUAAUGCGCUCAACGCUAGCCGCCAGCGUCAGCGUCAGCGUAAAGCCUCGUCCUCAAAGUAGAGUCGCAUUGAAGCGAAGCGCUUCCAUCACUUCGGUGUCCGAUUCGGAUGAUGCAGAUGAUACACUAUUGCGUGGAUGGCAGCCGCAGAGAAAU